AUGGCUUCAACCUCCGCGGCUACGACCGCAAAAGUACCUGCUUUGAUCACCACUGCGCUUGUUAUCGUUGCAGUAGUAUUUCCUAUUCUAUCUCUCAUCGCCAUUUUCUUUCGCGACAAGGCCCGAAGAGUCGCAAAGCAACCAUUCCAAGUCGAUGACUAUUGGAUUGUUCUUUCAUGGCUUCCCCUCUCCGCGGUCAAGAUUUCCAUUUUGCUCUUCUAUAAGAGAAUCUUUACUACACCGAAAUUCAAACUCGCUGUGCGGAUCACAAUCCCGUUCAUCGUUGCCUGGGGUGCUAUCUUUUUCGUUCUUGGAUUAAUCCAGGGGGAUCCGAUCUCAGCAUCUUGGAUGCCUGGGGAAGGCCACCUGCGAUGGGAUUCGACAGCGCUUGGCUUAGCUCAAGUGGGAAGUAGUGUCGCCCUUGACUUCAUCAUUCUUUGUUUUCCAAUACCAGUCAUCUUCGGUCUUCAUAUGCGUACCCAGAGAAAGGUUGCGAUUGCAUUGAUUUUCUGGGUGGGAGGCUUUUGUUGUAUUGCAGCUAUCGUUCGACUUGUCUUCAUCAACCAAUCUGUUAGACAAGUCGAAAAAUCCGAAUACGCAAUCCACGUCCAAUCCAAGCACAGAGACUCGACUGGUAGUCGCAGCCAGCAAAAGUCUAUCGAUCCAGCUCCUAGGAACAGUUCAUCUAUUGAUUCACACAUCAAUCUCAAGCAAGCAUCCGCCGAUUGGUCUACAGCACAUAACGAGGGUCACGUUACUAACAACGUCGAAAGCCGGAGUGAAGAAGGACCGGAAGGCCAUCAGGACGGUGUGAUCAAUAUAACGAAAGCCUACGACAUCACAAGGGAUUCGAGACAUGAAGAAAAUGUGGGAUAG